AUGGCCGCCGUCCUCCAACCACAAAAGACCGCCCUCAUCACCGGCGCAGCAUCCGGCAUUGGGUUCGCCGUCGCCAAGCUCUGCCGCAGCCGAGGCAUGCACCUGGCCCUCCUGGACAUCGACGCCGCCAACCUCCCAAAGGCCAAAGACGCCCUGGCCUCAGCAUCAGCAGACAGCUCUCUCAAAACAGAAGCAUACACCAUUGACGUAGGCGACAAGGCGCAAUGGAGCCGUGUCGCGGCGCAAGUCACGUCGACUUUCGACACGCUCGACCUGGUCCUGCUUAAUGCGGCGAGGGGCACGAAGCCCACGGGCCCCGGGUCGGACUCGGAUCCCUGGGUUGGGAACGAGGAGUAUUGGAGACAGGUCUUCGACACGAACGUCUUCGGCCCCGUGCACGGCAUCAGCGCGCUCCUCCCGCUCCUGAAGAAAGACCGCGCGCCGAAAGCGAUUGUCAUUACGGGAUCGAAGCAGGGCAUCACGAACCCGCCCGGCGGGCGGAACCCAGCGUACAACGCGACGAAGGGGGCGGUCAAGAUACUGGCGGAGCAUCUGGCUCACGAUCUGCGGUCUGAGGCUUCGACGGCGCACAUCUCGGCGCACUUGCUUGUGCCUGGGUGGACGUGGACUGGGUUGAUGGGGAAUGUCGGACCGACGGAUGAGGAGGACGUCGAGAGGAUGAGGGGUUCGUGGGCGCCGAGUCAGGUGGCUGGGGAGCUGGAGAGGGGGUUGCAGAGGGGCUCGUUCUACAUUGUUUGUCCGGAUGAUGAUGUCGAUGUGGCGCUGGAUCAGGCGAGGAUGAAGUGGGCUUGUGAGGAUAUUCUGGAGGAUAGGCCGGCGCUGUCGAGGUGGGAAGAGGGUUGGAAGGGGGAGGCUGAGCGGGCGAUCCGGGCGGAUGCUGAGAAGCGAAGGGGGUGA